CAUUGUGGAACCAGUUGCAGCACGCUUGGGAUCGUCAGUACAAUCCAGUACUGAGAGGAAACACUUCUGGGAUAACGAGGAAGCCAAAACCUAAGCUUUUAUCUGAAAUUGAGGCCGAGUGUAGUUCCGACUGCAUGUCAUAUACGUGCUCAGUCCCUCGUAUGUAUGACCUAAACAGUUUGCCAGAACAAAUCAGAGAUUUUGUUGGGUCAAUGCACUGCAGGGAGUACCCGCUCCUUAUCAAUCAGCCUGGUAUGUGUAGGAAGAACAAUGGUACAGAGUCACCCAUGAUCCUCAUGGCAAUCAAAUCUCAAGUUGGAAACUUUGAAAACCGCCAAGCCAUUCGUGAAACAUGGGGUCGCAGUGGUUUAGUAAGGGGGGAAUCAAGCAGGAAAUGGGGACUAGUGCACACAGUUUUUCUGCUUGGAAGGCAGGACUCGAGCACAGGUCCUCACCCAGACCUGCAAAACCUCCUGGAGCUUGAAAACCAGAAGUACGGAGACAUUCUUCAGUGGGAUUUCAGAGACACGUUCUUCAAUUUAACCCUAAAGGACUUGCUGCUCUGGCGAUGGCUCCAGCAGUACUGCCCCACUCCAGCCUUUAUCUUCAAAGGUGACGAUGACGUCUUUGUCCGAACAGACGCCCUUCUAGAUUACCUGCACAAGAAGAGGGAAGAACACAACCUGUGGAGGGCCUACACGAAUGAAACAGACAUGGAUCUGUUUGUUGGGGAUGUGAUCACUAACGCAAUGCCAAACCGUGAGCCAUCUGCUAAAUAUUACAUCCCGGAAAACUUCUACAAAGGUACGUAUCCACCUUAUGCCGGUGGAGGAGGGGUGGUGUAUUCUGGCUCACUUGCAUUGCGUUUAAGAGAGGUUUCCGAGAGGGUCCGUCUCUUCCCGAUUGACGAUGUGUAUCUUGGGAUGUGCCUGCACAGACUUGGGCUCACGCCGAGCCAUCACCCGGGAUUUUUAACAUUCGACCUCCCUGUUACAGACACGGACAACCCCUGUGCGUACAGCUCCAUUCUGCUUGUUCACAGGCGGAAUCCGAAAGAGAUGCUGACUCUGUGGAAAAAGCUCCARAAUCUUCGCAGUCAAUGUUGAGGCUUAUUUGCUAAACAAAUAGGAUUCAUUAAGGCCCAGAUGACUGCUCUUACCACACUAAUUUGAAAUAAAAAGUA